CCGAAGCAUGUGAUAAGCGAGGUUGGUGCGGGGGGCAGCGUGGGCGACUGCCCGAUGACGUCACACAGGAAGAGGGGCGGCCGCUACUCAAUCAAUGUUUACUUGUUAUUUACACGCGACCCAGUACACUCGCACAUUCCACUCGCAUCGGCUGAUUGCCCAUCCUCCAGCCGUCUAAGUGCAUUUAAAGUUGUGUUGCAUUUCCCGCAUGUAAAGUGCAUGUGGUGUGUAUCUCUUUGAUGCUAGUACAUAACAUUUGUAGAGAACAGCUGUGAAUAAUUUGUAAGCGACUAUGAAUUAAAAUGCUAUUGAGAUCUCGUGAAGCAGAAUUGGAGCAAGUGCGUUUGCUUCUAUACAAAGAGUGUGAUAGACGUGGAAGAAGAGUGCUUUUUGAUUCGUCGACAAUAGAAAAGUUACCAGCUAAUAAAAAUGAUGUGCCAGAUUACGGAGAGACCAGGAAGUUGCCAUGUAUCGUGGAGGUGGUGGAUGGAUUUAAAUAUCUGUAUAAGGGACCAGCAUCAGACGCGGGCAUGCUCGGUGAGAUGAUAUUCGGCGCUGUCGCUAUGAACUGCAAGAGCGUGUCAUUCAAAAUCCACAUCAUGGACGACCCGAAAAGGUUGAUGUGUACAAAGAUGUUCUUUGUCCCGAACUCCCGGCGGAUCAGUCGGGCGGAUCGCAAGACGGAUAUCAACGCUAAUGUUACCAGCGAGUUACGGAGUUGUUCCACUCCUCUGAAUAUGCCGUUGCGGGAGGAGGGAGUGUCAUUAAGCUUCUCGAUUGAUAGAGGAGAUUCUGGUUUCUAUGGCGACCAUUCGUACAGUACUAUUGGUUCGAAUGUCGAUUUCUUCUCGAUGCUGGACACGUGGGAUGGAAACAUGCAAUCUGAAUAUUCGUUUACAUCGUCGCCCGGCCGCAAGCUGAGCUCGAGCGGCAGCUGGCAACGCAGAACGUUCCAGAGCAUGGCCACUCGAUUCGAUCUCACCUCCACGUCGCUUCGAGUUCCAACGGUAACGACCGUGUCUAGUAAUGACUCGCAGAUGUACAGCAAUAGCGUGACAAGCGGGACAAGUGAUAGCCUCGCGAGUUCGUCGGUGAUGUCUCGAAGGACCAAAUUGGGCUUGGCACUUUUGAUCACUGUGGCUGAGAGUGCUGAUAUGGAAGUGAUCCGUCGCUGCGUGCAACAUUCCAACCAACUGCAGUCGCUCGUGUGUCGACUGCGACUGGCGACGCUCAGAGCGGGCGCGGAACGAAAAUUCGUGUCUACCCUACAUGCGGCUACGGAAGAUGCGGUUAGAUGGUUAUCAGACCUAAUGUUCGGUGCACGUUUGCAGCCGGUAUGGUUGAACCUAGUCACCAGCGAGCAAAGACAGAGGAAUAAGAUAGCUGAUACACUUCUAUCGGAUCUGUGUUCUGUCAUCAGUGUGGGAGACACGAAGAGUACUAACUUUUUCAUCAGCACUCUCCUGACUCACGUGCUCACGUAUCAUCUUGGUUGGGUGACGACCGUUAGUCCUUACGAUACAGUUGACCCAACCAAGCUCCCAGCAAAGCGAGAUUUCCAAAGAACUUACAACGCACUGUGGGCGCAGUUGGGUGACCUCUGCGGCAGUAUCGGCUUCCCGCCAAGAACUGCCAGGACUAUUGUCGCGGGAUCCACCAAUAGGCAAUUCAUUACCAGACUUUUAAGUGUCUUAACAUACUUCAUGCGGUGUGGCGACGUGAAGAGAAACGAUUUUGUGUACCAAGACUUUGACCACAGUCAAAGCAGAGUGAUGUGUGUUAAAAGAACAGAAAAAUCUUUCAUGGAAAGCUUAGAAGUGUGUUCAGUGCAAAAUGUCAGUGGUAGUGAUAGUACGUUGUGUAAUAAAGACAAUUUAACGAUUACGUGCAAUGAUACGGUGUCGAGUGAUAACCAGAAGAGUUUGUUGAGCGCGGUCGAAGUUGGCCUCAAAAAAUCCACAACAGUCACUAAUUUAAGUCAAAAGCUCUCUAAACCAGAAUAUGCUUUAGAUUCUAGUUCUCGUUUGAGUAACGCGUCAAAGGGUAAUCAAAUGCGCAGAAAUCCUUCAAUAAUGAUCUCGUUCAAAGACUCUUCAGAUUCGAGUGAGAAAUCAUCCGUGUCGGACCAGAGUGAUGUGGAUAACAAAGUGUUGUUUGUGCUCGGUGAUAAUGAGAAGCUAAUCGGUUUGAAGAAUAAAUCUGGCGGUAAAAGCGUGAAAAAGUCAUCGAAAGUUCCGACCGAGCCUGUCAACUCGGAACCUCCGACGACGGGAACGGAAGAGAAAAAAGAGGACUGCACUGAAAAUUGUAAUCGUAACCAGCCCAACGGCAUCAGCAGUGCGAAGUGCUGCAACCAAACGCUUCAACAUUCCAAACCUAUCAAACAUUCCGGUUUUAAGUUCGAGUUCGAUAAGUAUCCACAGAUAGUGACCAAUUAUAUGAAGAGCAAAAACUUAGAGAUUCUAGAUAGACACUAUAUCGGGAAACCGGGGAACUUGAAGUUGGACAAUUUCCAGUUCGAUCCGACGGUCGUGCCGCAGAUACAGGAGGAGACGUGCGAGACUUGUUACAAAUGCCAAAUGAUGGAGUCUUUGCUGCAGACGCCUACGAAUGCUUCGGAAAUGGAAUACAUGAAUGAUAUGCCGAGACAAGCGGAGCCGCAAUACGCGAAGGAAACGAUCGUACACGAGCCAGAGAAACAUAGAGAGCUAUCGCCUAAAACAUUCGUUAGGAAGAGGAAAGAAAACACAGUUAUCAUUAACGCUAAGAAAAACGAGAGGAAAGAGAAAGAUGUAGUAGAAGUUAGUAAGAGAGAGACAGUAGAUGUUAAAGAAGUGAUAGAAUUUCCCUUGACGGGGAUAAGUUUUAAGACUGCACUGCAAGUUCGUUCCGGUUUCGAUGUGUCGCUACUGGGAGGAGUCACCGACCAUUAUGUACCUGAUUUAAUUUUACAAGGGACGCUAGCAAGUCCAAAAGUGUGGGAAGCAGAUUUGAAGAGAGAUUUAGAUUUGACUUUGUACCUGAAUAAAACUUUAGAUUCGCCGAUGCAGGCGGUUGCCAUUAUUGGAGAUACGAAUACGUGGGAAGUUCGUGUGGUGGGUCGUGGUGUUGGAUGCGGUGGGCUGUCGCCGCUGGUGGGCGGCAUGCUUGACGCUCUGCCGGCUAUGCGCCGAGCUUGCGUGCCACCGCAUCAGUGCCUCCUCUUCCUAGAGAGCAAGUUACGCGAAUUCUGCGUGCUAUCCAAGACCCUCGCAGAUAUGCUGAUGUCAACAGAUUUCUGCGAUAUAACAACACUCACGAAGUCUCUCAACAUCGAUGUUAAUGAUGUGCCUCUGUUACUAGCGGUAGCAACUACACAUACUCCACAAGUGGCAGCGAGAUAUGGUAUUAGUUAUAGGUAGAAAAUGGAUUAAAAAUUCUGGGUGGUUCUUGUAUGGUACAGGGUAAAGUCAAGAUAAUUGGCCCGUUAUUUGUUUGGUAAAUUAAGAAAAACAUAUUUUACAACAGUUAAGGUGAAUAUUCUUAGUGAUUGUAACUAUGGAUCACAUAAAUUUUGGUGAUCCACAAAUUUGUAAAAUGUUUUAAAAUUAUUUAUUUAAUUACAAUGAAGCAAUUUUACGUUGUUAGAUCAUAAACAAUGAAACGAUGUGAAACUCAUGAAUAACUGUCCAUUUAUUUAGAUUUUACCUUAUACCCGAUGUUUCCAUUAUAAAAUUGAACUUAAAAUAAAUGUGAUAUUACAGUCACGAUCAUUAUUUUUAACUGUCUCUUCAAUUGAUUAUAAACCUUUUCCUUUUGGUUUAAAAAUUGUAAUUCUCGCAAUCGUUAGUGGUCGGAAAAAAAACAAAAUUUAUUAGCAUAUUUAUAAGACUCAAACACAAUUUGUUUUAUCCGAGUCUAUUGUUAAUUAUUCGUGUAAAUAUAUGAAUAAAAAUUUUAAAAAUAUAUUUGAAAUUAUUUAUUGUAAUAUAAAAAUGUAUCAAUUUCGUCGGAAUGUAUAAAGUUGAUAAGCCAUGUGUAAGAUUCAUUAAAAUUAAUUAUUGAAAAUCGGAAGAGUUAAAAAGUAUUAGGAAUAUUCAAUUAUUUAUAUACAUCAAUAAAUUAUAUAAUAUAAUAAUCGUGUUGUAUGAUUUGAAAGUGUUAAAAGCUAUAUUGAUUAUGAAAUGUAUAAAAUUAAUUUUAACUAGUAUACUUUAAAGCAUUUUUAACUUUUAAAAAGUUGUAAGAUGUGACGUCUAUUUUAAGGUAAUAUCUGUGAUUUCAGUAUAUUUAUUGUUCAUAGGUAAGAAUCUUAAUGUGUAGCCAUAUAAUUUUUAAACUUACACAACUUGCUGGUUGAAUUUUGUAUAUUACAUUUUUUAAAAUUAUCCCAAGUUUUAAGCAAAAUUAAUUCAUAUUAUACUGGUUAUAUUUUAAGAUUCUUAACCUCUUUCGUAUCCGUUUAUUUUAAUAGACUCAAGAGUGUUUGUAUUGAGCAUGAUUUUUAAUCUGUGUAACUUCUGAUUUAUGGUCUUAGAGCAGAGUUAAAAAUAUAUUAUCUGUUAUCUAUGCAAUGUAUAGAAACUUUUUAUGUGAAGAUUUGCAGUAUGGUGGGGAUUUUAAUUUAUUUUUAAUUAUUUAGGCUUUUGAGAUAUUCAGGCCUUGUUUUUCUUUAGCAAAUUUUGUGACCCAUAUUCCAUCUCAUGUAGGCGCAUAAUAUUUUAAAAUACAUGAUAGUAAAAAGUUUAGUAAUAAAAAAUUUAAAUUUGAUUUAUAUUUAUUAUUUUACUCAAAUCAUGUACCUUAAAAUAAGUGGAUAUAAGUUAUAAAGUAUAUCUUGUGAUGUAACAAAUUUUAUUGAUAUUUUUAUACGUUUUAGUCGAUUAAUAAAUUAUUUUUUCAUAUUGAAA